AAUGGGGGCCUGAUCAUGCUCCAAGACAUGCGCCUAUGCCGAGCAACAACGGCUCAACCACUCUGGAGGAGGGACAACCAGGCGCAGCCACCCCAGUCACUCCCACCUCGCCCAGCGACGUCCAGCAGCCCCUGCUCACCCGCUUGUCUGUCGAGGACGGCAUCGAUGCCACCACAGCAGAUAAGACAGCGGCGGAGGGCAGCACCGCCGGCGGCGGCGGCGGGUGCCCAACCCCCGCCGCCUUCGCCAAGAUCUCCACUGCAACAGGAGAUGAUUGAGCAGGGCCGCAUGGCGGGACCGCUGGCCCUUAACCUGAUCUCCAACUACUCCCUCAACAUUGUGUGCCUCAGCUUUGUGGGCAAGCUGGGAGACACCCAGCAGCUGGCUGCAGCUGCGUUGGGCACAACCCUCAGCGCCAUGUCAGGCAAAAUCCCGCUGAUGGGCCUGUGCGGCGCCGUGGACACUCUGGCCACCCAGGCUGUGGGCGCCGGGCAGCCGGUGGGCAUCCUGUUCCAGCGCGCCGUCCUCUUCCUGGCCCUCCACUGCCUGCCCAUCGCCGCCAUGUUUGUCUCCGUGCCCAUGCUGCUGGCUGCGCUGGGCCAGCCCGCCGACGUGUGCGCCCUGGUCAGGGCGUACCUGCUGGCGCUGCUGCCCAACUUGUUCAUAGAUGCCGUGGCCAGGCCCCUGAACCGCAUCCUGGUGGCCCAGCGCAUCACGCAGCCGCAGAUGGCGGUGGGCCUGGUGGUGGCGGUGCAGCACGUGGCUGUCUGCUACCUGCUCAUCAACAGGACGCGGCUGGGCUUCCUGGGCGCCGCCGUCGCCAGCGGCUGGUCCAACCUACUGUCGGUGGCGCUGCUGGCGGCGUACGUGGCGGUGGCGGGGAUGGGGGAGCAGGUGUGGGGGCGCCCCUCGCGGGAGGCCUUUGCCCGCUGGCGCCAGUUUGCGGGCUUGGCGUACGCAUCGGCAGGCGACAGUUGCAUCGAGUCGUGGAGCUUCUCGCUGAUGAAUAUCCUGGCUGGCUGGCUGCCCGGUGCCGCGCAGUCGGUGGCCGCCAUCUCUGUGGCCUUCAACCUGUACGGCGUGCUGUUCAUGGGCUUCAGUGCGGUGGCCAUGGCGGGCAGCACGCGCGUGGGCAACGCGCUGGGCGCGGGCAGCGCCGAGGGUGCGCGCCUGGCGGCGCUGUCCAGCGCCCUCAUGGCCCCCGCCAUCUGGGCCGUGGUGGCGGCGGUGCUGACGUGGCCGGUCACCCAGAACCUGCUGCUCAGCCUGUUCACCACGGGCGCCGACGAGCUGCUGCUGCAGCGCAUGCGCUCCCUGCUCUACCUGGUGGUGCUGCUGGAGCUGUUUGACGGCGCACAGACCAUCCUGUCUGGCAUCAUCGCGGGGGUGGGCAAGCAGAGGCGCGGCAGCGCCAUCAACGUCGUCGCCUACUGGGCGUGCGCGGUGCCUGUGGCCAUUUUGCUGGGCUUCUACUUCAAGCUGGGUGUGCAGGGCAUGUAUGGCGGCAUGGCGCUGGGGCCCCUCAUCCAGACGGCCGCCUACCUGUCCCUCAUCCUCAAGCUCAGCUGGGCGCAGGAAGCGCACCUGGCGCGGCAGCGAGCGGCAGUAGCCAGUGCGCCAUUGUAA